AUGAAGAGCACGAUAAAUUUCAACAUUCAUGUUAGCUCGUUGGUUUUCAUUCUACUGGGUCUUACUGUAAACCAAGCACAAGGUACAGCAAGCAACAAUUUGACUAACUGUCAAUCAGUAGCGUCAAGUUUUCGAACAACUGUUUCCGGUCCCGUUGCUAAUAUCACCAGUACAACAGGCACAAAUGUAACCUGCACAUCGCUAAGUGGCUCAUCAUGCCCCGGUUCCAAUAUAAGCGGCUCUUGUGUUUUUCAACACAAACUGAGCGUGUCAUGUUAUCUAAGCGGCUCCACCGUUAAAAUCCGCAUUCAAUCCAACGGAUUACCAUAUUACUGUCCAAGUAUGCCAAGCUCAGAUACAUUCGCGGAGCAGAACAUCGAUUUCGAAGUCAACUUCAAUCCAGAUGUAAGCGUCAAUUCACCGUUACAAAGUGCAACAACUGUUUCAGCACUGAGCACUCUUCUUUGCAACAUUCAAGGAUCUUCCAAUCCCCCAUCGGGUUCUGCAUAUGUGAACUAUGGAUCAUCGUAUUCCACCCUCGCUGGUGUUUCUGUAGAUGGUGUCUCCAUAAUGAAUGUCAACAGUCUUAACAAUGUCGAUCCAUUCUAUCCAGCAGGAAGCUUUGCAGCUGAGUCAGUGGACACAUGUUUGGCGCACUGCCAGGCAGCCGGAAUUUAUCAUUAUCAUAUGGGUUCCGGUUGUGCAAAAGCCAACCCAUCCAGUGGACCAAGUGCGUGUGCGUCUGUGCCAACUUGCAGCUCAAAUAUCUCUAAUUAUGGCAUCAGUUCAUUUUCAAGUUACACAACAUUAACCGUAAUAGGGAUCUCAAGAGAUGGACAUGUCAUUUAUGGUCCGUAUACAUCAUCGGGCGUAGAAGUUACCAGUGGCACAGACAUUUGCAAUGGGAUGUUUUAUGAUUCAAUCGGAAACUAUGCUUACUUUGCUACACGCAAAUUUCCCUAUAUAACAGGAUGUUAUGGCCCAGGAAAUUAUCCAAGUGUUAGCGUCAAUUGUUCGACAAAUGCGCCAUCAUCUUACACAAUGUCGUCGUAUGCAAGUGCGCUGUCGAGUUCGAAUGUGACAACUGUAUCGACUAAUGCAACCACAGUAUCAAGCAACACAACAACAACAAUAGCCAGCAACACAACUCGUUCGAAGGCUCUUCGUCGUGAAUCUUCUGUGUUUCUGCUAUUGAUGACAUUGAUCGUAAUUGGGAUUGGAUGGAUGGACUAA